UGAGUGUCUGAUAAAGCCGCAGCGUUCCGCUCGGUUCGCGGUGCCAGCGACCGCGGCUCGGUCGGCUCGGCUCGGACCGCUUUAGGAGAGACGUGGGAACGUUCGGCGGAGCUUUUUGAGCGAUUUUGGGGCUGCGCUGCUGCCGCUGGGCUCCUCGACGGGUUGGUGCUCAGUGUGUUGGUGUUGGUUUGAAUGGAGCGGCGCUGGAGACGGACGGACCGCCGCUGCGUCGUGUGGCGGAGCGGCCGUGCUGAGGAAACUUCUCGGGUUUAUUCAGUUUGUAGCGGUUUUCUGGCACGUUCUAGGUCCCGUGGGUAGCCAGCGGUGACAGUUUAUGAUGUUUUUCUGGAACGACAACUUCUGCCGAACUGCUCUUCGGGAUUUCGGUGCAUUUCAGAGGGAGCUAAAUUCAGUGGCGGCGCAGCUGGCUGGGCGUCAGGAAGAGAGCGAGCACUCCCAUAAGCACCUGGUGGAGCUGAGCCGUGAGUUCAAGAAAAAUGUCCCAGAGGAAGUGCGGGAGAUGGUUGCCCCUGUCCUCAAGAGUCUCCAAGCCCAGGUGGUUGCUUUGAGCCAGCGCAGUAAGGAGGCAGAGUCUGCAUUUCUGGGAGUUUACAAACAGCUGAUUGAAGCCCCAGACCCGGCUCCGGUGCUGGAAGCCUCCCACUCGCUGGAGGAGCAUUUGGUUGAGCUACAGAGCUCGUCCCCGGACAGUGAGACCCUGGUCAAGGAAAUCUCUGGCCACUGGAGGAGACACCUGGAGUGCCUUAACAACGCAGAAAGCAAAGAGGAAGGUACAGUAACUGUAGAGAGGGUAGAGGCAUCAGAACAGCCGCCCCAUAUGAUGACCCCAAACAGCACACCGAGCCUCCAAGAUGGUGGCUCACCUCCCCAUAACCACCAGGGCCUACAUGAAAGGGAAGCAGAUGAAGCAGACACUACGCUCUCUGGCAGACUGGCCCAUGCUGAGGACAGGAUCAAAGCUCUUCAGUCAUCACUGAACAAAGCCCAGUCGGAGCUGCAGGAGCUGAGGUGUAAAUAUGACCAAGAAAUGGCUGCAAAAGCGGAGGAAGUGGGCACGCUCAGGACGAACCUGGAGAAGGCCAACCAGAGAGCAGAGUUGGCCCAGAGGGAGGUGGAGCGUCUGAGGGAACAGCUCGCCAGUGCCCGCAGUGCUUCUAAAGGGAGUGGCCCCUCCGACGAGGGUCCCAGCGAGGGGAGAGGAGAGAGGGAUGAGAAGGGCGAGUGCUCGCCGUCACGGCUGGAGGCGGUGCUGUUCUCUAAGGACAGAGAGAUCCUGCGCCUCCUCGAGAACGUCCAGAGACUGCAGUUCACUCUGCAGGAAGUGCAGGACUCCUCGGCCAGUCAGAUCGCAGAGCUGGAGCGCCAGCUGGCCUAUAAGAGUGAAGCUAUAGAAAGACUAGAGGCUAAACUGCAGUCUCAGCUCGACUAUGAAGAGAUCAAAACAGAACUCAGCAUUCUAAAAGCAAUGAAACUGGCAUCCGCUAAUGGAAGCUCAUCCCAGGAAUCUGCCAAAGCUGCAGAGGCACUGUUGCUGGACAAAGAGGCCUUCCUUCCCUCCCAUAAAUUUCUGAUGGACAAAGCCAGAGUCCUACACAGUAAUGAAGACCAAUCCGAUGGCUCCAGUAAGGACCUUAGCCGGCCUAUGGGCUCAUACUCCUCCCCUCCAGGGGUGUUACCAAUGGAUGGUCAGUCCUCCUCUAGUCCAGGACCGCCCAAUCCCGAUGGGGCUUCGACAGCCCACGACCUCCCCCGUCCUUUCUCAGUCUCCCCUUUUUCUGGCGAUAAGCUUGCUGGAGAGCAGCUCCUGCAGAAGCAGCUUCUCUCUCCUCACUUCAAAAGGGACGGCUCCUCUCUCCUGGCCUUCCCCACUGCCCUGUUCGCAGCAAAAGCUGCCCUCAUGUCAGCCAAUCCGGGUUCUUCAGGCCCCGUGGCCAUGGAGACAGGUUUACCCAGCAGCGACCAAUCAGAAAGCGGGAGCUCAGGUGGUGGGGACGAAGAUCAGCUGGACACGGCUGAGAUAGCCUAUCAGGUGAAAGAGCAGCUGCUCAAACACAACAUUGGUCAGCGGGUUUUCGGGCACUAUGUGCUGGGCCUCUCACAAGGCUCCGUCAGUGAGAUACUGGCCCGGCCCAAACCGUGGAGGAAGCUGACGGUCAAAGGGAAGGAGCCCUUCAUCAAGAUGAAGCAGUUCCUGUCAGACGAGCAGAACAUCCUGGCCUUGCGCACAAUUCAGGUGCGCCAGAGAGGGAGCAUCACUCCUCGCAUCCGAACUCCAGAAACUGGGUCAGACGAUGCCAUCAAGAACAUUUUGGAACAAGCUAAGAAGGAGAUCCAGUCCCAACGAGGAGGUGAUGGUAAGUCCUCUCUGGGUGGCUCAUCUGGCCGCAGCAGCAGUGGUGGAGGCAGUAACUCUGAUGAAACCAUUAAGAGCAUCCUGGAGCAGGCGCGGCGGGAGAUGCAGGCACAGCAGCAGGCUCUGCUGGAGAUGGAGGCCUGUGGCCGGACGCCCAUUGGAGACCGCCUGGGCCUGCAGGAUCCAUCCAAGAGUCUGCCCGUCCCCAUGCCCGCCUUCAUCAAACAGGAGGAGGGUGGUCCUGUGGCUGUGUGUGCAGCCAACCCUGUCGGCAGCCCCCAGACCCCUCUAAGCGUGCUAUCCCCUGCCGCCUUUGUCCAGAACAUUAUCCGCAAGGUCAAGUCCGAGAUAGGAGAGGCUGGGACCUAUUUUGACCAGCACUGGUCAACUGAGCGGGGGUCAGUGAUGACGGGCACAGGUGCUGUGUCUCACCCUUUCAACUCCGUCUCACCCUCGCUGUCCUCUUCCUCCUCCACUGGACACUCCUCCUCUGUGCCGCGGGCCUGGCCACGGGCUGAGAACGGUGACUGCACGCCUGGGCCUGAGGAGGCUGUUGAGGAUGAGCCCCUGCUGGGACGUCCCGUGGAGGUAAAGGUGGAGCCAGAGGUGUCUGUAAGCGGGGAGCCUCCCUGCGGAGGAGCGAGGAUGGGCUACUACCCCUCCUACAUCCCCCGCACACUCAAGCCCACUGUGCCACCUCUGACCCCAGAGCAAUAUGAGAUGUACAUGUAUCGUGAAGUGGACACUAUUGAGCUGACUCGGCAGGUGAAGGAGAAGUUGGCUAAGAAUGGCAUCUGUCAAAGGAUCUUUGGAGAGAAGGUGCUGGGCCUUUCUCAGGGUAGUGUCAGCGAUAUGCUGUCCAGACCCAAGCCCUGGAGCAAGCUCACCCAGAAGGGCAGAGAGCCUUUUAUCCGUAUGCAGCUGUGGCUUCUGGACCAGCUAGGCCAGGGCCUGAAUCAGCAGCCCAACCACAGCCACAACCAGGAUAAAAGCCCAGUGACGACUCGCUCGUCUCCAUCCCCUCCCCCCAGCCCAGAGGAGAGCCACCCAAGCCUGCCCCUGGAGCCGGUCAGCUUAGCCCUAGAGAGCAGCAAGGAGAACCAGCACCCCCAGCAAGUGGAACCACAUGGAGGAAAGACCACCCCAGGCAUGGUACCCACGCAGCAGCCCCACACCCCACUGGGCAUCCAAGAACUGGUGGCCAUGUCCCCAGAGCUGGACACGUAUGCCAUCACCAAGAGAGUCAAGGAGGUGCUCACUGACAACAACCUGGGCCAGCGUCUGUUUGGUGAGAGUAUUCUAGGUCUGACUCAGGGCUCAGUUUCAGACCUGCUGUCCAGGCCCAAACCAUGGCACAAACUGAGUCUGAAGGGCCGAGAGCCGUUUGUCCGCAUGCAGCUUUGGCUGAAUGACCCACACAAUGUGGACAAGCUGAGGGACAUGAAAAAAAUGGAGAAAAAAGCUUACCUGAAGCGCCGAUAUGGCCUGUUGAGUCCGAGCUCUGACAGCGACUCUCCUGGUGCUCGGUCUGACUGCAUCAGCCCAGGCCUGGCCCCCAUGGACCUGUGUCCUUUCAGCCAAGCCAAGAAGCCCAGAGUUGUUCUAGCUGCUGAAGAGAAGGAGGCUCUGAGGAGAGCUUAUCUUCAAGAGCCCUAUCCCUCCCAGCACACUAUCGAGAUGCUGGCCACUCAGCUCAACCUCAAAACCAAUACAGUCAUCAACUGGUUCCACAACUACAGCAGGUCACGGAUGCGGCGGGAAGUCCUCAUGGAGGGUCCUCAGGACAAUGACAUUGAUGCAGAGCCUCACAACUAUUCUCCUUCUGUGGUUCGCAGUCCCGUCUCCGACGGUGAUGAAAGGAAACAAACCCCGAGCAUCCUUGGCCACCCUCCCAGCAAUGGCCCCAGGCCACUGGCCGUCAAACAGGAGGCAGGCUUGUUGGAGGACGAUGAGGAGUUCCACAUUAGGCAGGCUAAAUGCUCCUCCAUGGGUGUCCAGUUCCCCCAGCUGAAGACUGAGAGAGAGGAGCAGGCAUCUGGUUACAGGGACCCAGCUCUGCCCCCACACUGUCCCCAGGGCCUCAGAGAGGAUGAAGCGGGCAGCAGUGAGGUCCAGGGCAUCCAUUCAGGACCUCUGUCCUCAGAGGGCAUCCAGAGAAGCAGCUUGGCUGCACGUGAAGGCGAAGACCCGGAUAAGUCGCCGGUAGAUCCAGUGAGCUUCAAGGCCUCAUCAGAGCCCUGCCGCGGCAGCCUGGAGGUGUCCCUCAACUCUCCGUCUGCGGCGUCCUCGCCCGGUCUCAUGAUGUCUGUCUCUCCGGUCCCAUCCUCCUCAGCCCCCAUCUCUCCAUCUCCACCUAACCCACCCCCAACAAGCACUAACUCCAGCCACGAGCCCCCGUCUGGCCCCAGUUAUGGCCUGGACAAUCCCCAGUCCCUGCACAACCCCAAACACAGCAAGAGCACUCAGAGGCGCAAUGAGAAGAUGGCCAACCUGAACAACAUCAUCCACCGCCUGGAGCGAGCUGCCAACCGCGAGGAGACCCUUGAGUGGGAGUUUUAAGGCAAGGCUGCUAGUCUUGUCCCAGACACUGAAGUCUCUGUAAGAGAACUUACUCUGGAAAAGGCUCUUGAAGAGGUUCCCUGUUCUAAAGUCUGGAGCUAGGCUCCACAUUUGCCUGUCUGGGUAGCCUCACAAGAAAAACAGAUGAAAAAAAAGAGCGAUACUCUCCAACUCUCGCAGACAAAAACCCAGUAUCUCCCCGUCAAAGACUUUUAAGAAAGAAAAAAAAUAUUUAUAAACGUGUUUUAGGUAUUUUGAUAAAAAGGAUCUUACUUUGAAUUCUAUGUUACAGCACUAGCUGUUGUGUUUUAAACAAUGAAGGAGAGAAAUACUCUUUGACAUGAAGACUUUGCAGCUAUGGUGUCAUGAAAUGCACACUGAAGUCCUGUAGAUUGCCACUGGGUGAGAUUAUUUCAAAUGAGACCUCUGUCUUAAGCCAUCAAAAAGCACUACUUAUUUAAAGAAAAAAAAAAGACACUGACCAAAUUUGCUACUUUUUGAAUAGCAAUUUUUCAGAUUUUGUCUGUAAGACGGGACAGUUAAAGUCAUAUAACAUGAGAGCUUCAUACUGACUGAGGGAUAGUCCUUAAAAGACUCUAAAUAGUGAACAAUGCGUAUGUACUUAGUUUCUUGGUGACAUGUUUUGGAACAUUUGUUACACAAGCGUAUAAUGUGUGGUUGUACGUGCUGUAGAAAUUGUCUGCAAUAGCCUUCUCCGAACAAGAUGUAGCAUGGUACUCAACUUACCCUCUUAUCCUCUAUAGUUAGUAACCUGUGAUAUACUUGAGCGAUUAAAAAAAAGUGAAAACGUUGGAAAAUUCAGCAAAAAGUAAGAAAAAAGGAAUUGUAAAAAAAAAAAAGUUGAACGAUAGAAACUUUUCAGUGAACUUGUUCUUGGUUUUUCUUUUUUUGUUUUUUUCCCUUUUUUCUUUAAAGAUUCUUUGAGGUUUACAAUAGGGACUUUUGUGCACUUGAAAGUGAGUGAGCCAUUUGCCACUUGUAGAGCAACGUACUUGUCUUCAGUAAUUUAUUUUGCUUUUGCCUCACUCUCCCUCUGAUGCACUGAUCUCACGCAGACAUGGGCCAAGGCAAGGCCGCUUACCUCAGCGUCACGGUUUGGAGCCAGGGAUUUGAUCCCUGUGAUUCAGAGCUCUUUGUCCCAAAAGGUUUGGAUCCAGUCAUUAUGUAAUACAAGCUUGAAACGCGCCUCAAAGACCAUUAGGGAGAAACUGGUGAGAUAGGCCAGUCAACUGGGAACUGUUAGCAUGAACAUGUUUCAGAGUAACCAUUUAUUUCCCUUUUUCCUUUCUAUUUUUUUUUCCAGGUGUAGGAAUUUUCAGUACACAUAUACACUAGAGGUGCCACUAGGUUCCAAUAUGAGACCAAUAUCAGCGGAAAAUGUUGGCUCGGAUGAUGCUGGACUUGAAAAAUUUAUUUGAGAAAGACUUCUCUGAUUGUGUCACAAAUCUAGGCUUAAAUAUCACAGAACUGCAAAGUCACAACAUUAUUAGCCACAUGAUAACAGUAAGGGUGGCAGUGAGGACUGUUUUAGUACUUUGUGUUUGAUAUAUAUAUAUAUAUAUAUAUAUAUAUGGUAUUGUGCAAAAGUCAGAGACCACUCUUUUGGUUUUUCAAUUUCCAGUCAAAAGUCCAGUCCAGUUAAAUACGUUAUUUAUUUUUCAGUGUCAGAAAAAAUCAAGAUAAAUGUAGUUAAAAGAAAACUGCAUGAACACUUCCAGCGGUAAGUAUAUCAAAUCUAGCUGUAUUUCAUUUGUCCUCUUUUCCACUCUUUUACCGAUGAGUUACAGCUGUGUCUUUCCCCACAAAAAUCACUGACAUCAUGUUCCCAAACAGACAAACAACUACCCAAACACCUCAGCUGCCUUAAAAUUUCUUUCUCAUGUGGGCCUAAAACGACUAAAGGAGAUAUUUGUUAAGAGAUUAUAUAUAAGAUAGUCCACUCACAUAAGAGAGAGGAAAAUCCAAGGAGUUUCUAGCAGUGGGGUUGAAAAGCUGUUAGAAGACAUGCAGAAAAUGGGACUCUUAAUAAAUAUCCAAGACUUGGUAGACCAACAGACCUGUCACCUUUGAGAAAUGAAGAGAUCCACUCCGCUCUUGCUUCAGAUCGGAAAACAAUCCAAAGGUGUUUCUGUCCAUCCUUCCGCUGUGCGAAGACGACACAACGCAAUGGGUCUGAAAGCACGUUUAAAUGUGAAGAAGCAGUUACUGAGAAAAUAGAGCCGCAUUUCCAUUACAGCACUGAAACUGCGCACCUCAGGGCUAAAGACUAUUAAAAGUGUAACUGUAACUGACAUUACCCGGACAGGGAGAAGCAGAAAAAUCACACAACUUCUAAGACUAAACUUUCUUUGAAAAACUGAAAGCGAGUCUCCAAAUCAAAUAAAACCGAAGCUCUAGGGUGAAGGCAAAGGGUGGAUACACGUAAUACUGAAGAAGAUAUUAUAUUUAGUUGUUGAGGUUCCUUUGUAGUUUUCUGUCAAGCAAGUAGGUUUAUUCUUUUAUCUGUAAAAAGUAUUUAUUUAACAUACUUGACUGGAAAUGAAGUAAAGAAAGGGGAUCUGUAACUUUUGCACAGUACUGUAAAUAUUUUUCAUUUUAUAGCUUUGUAAUUGUUAAGGAAAUAUCAGAUUGCAUUUAUAUUAUUACAUCUGAUAGUCAAGGAAAAGAAAAGUGGAAUCGUGCCAUCUCUGGUAUUCAUGCUCUAUUCGUCCAUUCCUCACUUGUCCUCUCAGGGCCCCUCUCCCUGGUCCUCAUGUAUGUGAAUACUUCAUCAUACAGACAGGCAGCAGCUAAACCCUCCGAUGUUAAUGGCUCCUCCUACAUCGUUGCUGUCAUAAAACCUUGUAUCUUUGAAAUAUUCAGAAAUGUAUGUAACACGGCUUUAUUCCAGGUAAUGGGCCAUGUUCACACAAUGUGAAUGGCAGCUGGAGCUUAUAAAACGAUGUGAGAUCAAACAAACAAACAUUACGAGUUACACGGUUUAAUAUGACGGCGACCGACGAGAGCGCUUACUUGGUUACGGUCAUGAUUGCUGUUGAUGUGACUGCAGCGAGUGUCCUUACGAUGUCCUUUCCUGGGGACUAAAAACGAUGCUGGGCACAUCUGGCUGUUUGUAACUGAUGAUGCGUAUGCGAUGAGCAUUUUAGAAGGGUUUUUAAAAACCUUUGGUUUUGGAAGUCUGUUCACUUCAGUGAACUUGAUGUUCCUUGUUUGCUGUUUCAGCCUGUAGCAACACUCAUUACAGCUUCUCUGCUUCAAAGGAGAUCCAAUGAUUUUGUUUCACUGUUUUAAAAAGAAAAAAAAAGGCACAGAAGCAUUAUUGUACAAGCAAGACGAGACACACACACUCAAACGUUGGCAGACGACAAAACUGGAAGACUGUUAGCAUGUCGUGUGGAAAAAGAAGAAACCCUCGCCCGGUCAUUUUUGCGGUACACUCUUCGUUUUAACGUCUUAGAGACUUGUGCUCACAUAACGUCUAAAAGAAAAAAGCUAAGCACCUGAACCAAGUUGUUUUAGUUUAAUCUAUCACUUAGCGUUUGUUUAAUGUAGAAAUAGGCCUAGUAUUUUGGGCGUUCUGCUGCUGGUUAUUGAAAUGCUGUUUUUUUUUAAUUUUAUUUAUAUUUUGACACAAUUACAAGUGUUGCUUUCCUACUGAGUUUAUCGUUUUCUUUCUACUCUUUCUUUUUCUCAAUAUGUAUAGGUCUUCAAUACCUCGUAUGAGAACUACUUACAGCACUUACCGUUUAAAAAUCGUGAAGAGUCGAGAAAAGUUUGAGUAUGGAAAUUCUUCUAACUUUAGUGUUCCACAAGUCUUUGCCUUGAUGUAUUGUUGAAGUCGGUAGUAAACACUUGCACAUGUCUAACUAGUACUGAGGAUUGGAAUUAUAAACACGUGUAUAGAUAUAUGAAUAUUACACAUGUACUGAGAAAUAAUAGGGGAUCUCGACACUAGCGUGCUGAUGUAUUUAAAAAAAAAAAAAAAAAAAA